AUGGUGUCGAUUUUGAAUUGUAUGGUUGCCCUUUUCGGGGUGUUUCAGUACGUUCAGUGCACGCACUUCUACUUGAAACCGAAUGAAGUCAAGUGCUUCUACGAGAAUCUGGCAUCUGGGAACCUGCUGAUCGGGGAUCUGGAUGUGACUGUAGAGGGGCAGUACGGGAUCUACGAGGAGAACCCGGACGUCAGUCUCAGCAUCACUAUCGAUGAGACGUUCGACAACGACCACCGCGUCUUCAAUCAGAAGAACUCGUUCACUGGUGAUUUCACGUUCACCACUUUGGAGACGGGCGAGCACAGAGUCUGCAUUCGCCCUCACUACAAGGAUACAAAGGCCAAGUUGAGAAUCUACAUCGAUUUUGAAAUCAGCCAUAUACGGUACCUGGACUCGAAGAGAAAGGAGGGUGUCACCUCGUUGAAGGGCAGGAUUGACCAGCUGACACAGAGACUGUACAAUAUCCGCACCGAGCAGGAAGUUAUCAGGAAGAAAGAGGCCAUUUUCAGAAACCAGAGUGAAUCGGCCAACAGCAAGAUAAUGUUCUGGUCCGUGGUCCAAUGCAUAGCACUAGCAGGAGCAUGCGCGUUCCAACUCCGCUACUUGAAGAAUUUUUCGUCAAGCAGAAGGUAG